AUGGUGUGGCAGAAUCACACUAGGGUGAGCGAUUUCUUCCUCUCGGGCCUCACCACCAACCACGCUGUAGAGCUGGCCCUCUUCACCUUCUUCAUGAUGAUCUACGUGCUGAUUAUUUUGGGCAAUGGCCUCAUCAUCUUCAUGAUUACGAAUGACCAGCGCCUGCACACUCCCAUGUACUUCUUCCUCAGCAACCUCUCUGUAAUGGACAUCCGCCACUCCUCGGUGGUGAUUCCCAAGAUGCUCGCUGACUUCCUGGCAGAGCAGAAGAGCAUCUCCUUCGAGGAGUGUGUGGCACAGAUGUUCUUCCUCCACCUCUUUGCCUGCACAGAGAUUUUCCUCCUCACCAUCAUGGCCUAUGAUCGCUACCUGGCCAUCUGCAACCCCACGCGUUACGGCACCAUCAUGAGCCACAAGAUGUGCCUGCAGCUGGCCACAGUCAUGUGGYUGGGAGGGCUCAUCCAUUCRCUAGCCCUCACYGUCCUGACUCUCAAUCUCCCUUACUGUGGUCCCAGUGCCAUCGACAACUUCUUUUGUGAUGUCCCCUUGGUCAUUAAGUUGGCCUGCACAAACACGCGUGUCUUAGAAAUGCUCAUCAUCUCCAACUCAGGCCUCAUCUCUGUGGUSUGCUUCCUGGUGCUGGUGACUUCUUACGUGGCCAUCUUGGUCUCGCUGAGGAACCACCUCUCGGAAGGGCAGCACAAGGCCAUAUCUACCUGUGCUGCUCACCUGACAGUUGUGACACUCUUCCUAGGACACUGCAUUUUCAUCUAUGUCAGGCCAGGCAAGAGCUUGGCCGCAGACAAAGUUGUGUCCAUCUUCUUCACUGCCAUCACCCCUCUGAUGAACCCCGUUAUCUAUACCUUAAGGAAUGAGGAUAUGCAAAAUGCUCUGAGAAAGCUCUUCAGGCGGCAGAUUGGUUGCCAAGGCAAGUGA